CCCCUUCUUCUCAAGUGAGAAAUGGCAUUUCUGAUCGAAAUAAAUAUAAUUAACCCUCCAUAAAUCAAUCGCACAGUUAGUCUCAUUCUAUCUGUAGAAAAUCAGCAAGAGAAUUAGAAGAAAUUCAAUAAAAGGGGGGCAAUAAAGAUGAGUACUGUUGAUAAAAUGUUGAUAAAGGGCAUCCGGAGCUUCGACCCGGAAAACAAGAAUGUCAUCACCUUCUUCAAGCCUUUGACUCUCAUCGUAGGCCCCAACGGCGCUGGAAAAACGACUAUAAUUGAGUGCUUGAAAGUAGCCUGCACAGGUGAACUACCUCCAAAUGCACGGUCUGGUCACAGCUUCAUUCAUGAUCCUAAGGUGGCAGGAGAGACAGAGACAAAGGGGCAGAUAAAGCUGAGGUUUAAGACAGCAACAAGAAAGGAUGUGGUCUGCAUAAGGUCAUUUCAGCUCACCCAAAAGGCUACCAAGAUGGAGUACAAGGCAAUUGAGUCUGUACUCCAGACAAUAAAUCCCCAAACUGGAGAGAAAGUUUGCCUAAGCUACCGAUGUGCUGAUAUGGACCGAGAAAUUCCUGCGUUGAUGGGGGUAUCUAAGGCUAUUCUGGAGAAUGUUAUAUUUGUUCAUCAGGAUGAGGCAAACUGGCCGUUGCAAGAUCCAUCAACGUUGAAAAAGAAGUUUGAUGAUAUCUUCUCUGCAACUAGGUAUACAAAGGCAUUAGAGGUUAUCAAGAAGCUUCACAAGGAUCAGGGACAGGAGAUAAAGGCAUACAAGCUGAAAAUGGAGCAUUUACAGACACUGAAAGAUGCUGCUUUUAAGCUCCGGCAAAGCAUUGUGCAAGAUCAAGAAAAAACAGAAACAUUAAACUCCCAAAUCCAGGAGCUUGACAUAAAAAUUCAGGAUAUGGACAGGGAGAUUAAUCAAACUGAAUUGGUGUUGAAAGACCUACAGAAAUUACAAAGUCAGAUAGCUACAAAGUCGGGGGAAAGAAAAUCCAAGUUUGAGGAACUGCAGAAGCGUUAUGCAGCACUUGCUGAGGAAAAUGAAGACACUGAUGAAGAACUCAAUGAGUGGAAAUCCAAGUUUGAUGAAAGGAUUGCAAUUCUAGAAUCCAAAAUUAGCAAGUUGUUGAGGGAAAAGGCAGAUAUAGAGGAUAAAAGUCGAGUUCUUGCAGAUGUGAUUGGAAAAAAUACAACGGAAAUUGCCAAACUUCAAGCUUCUGCAGAAGCUCAUAUGACCGUGAAGAAUGAAAGGGACUUGAACAUUAAAAGCUUAUUUCAAAAGCACAAUUUAGGUCCUCUUCCAAGUGGCCCCUUUAGUGAUGAAGUUGCUUUAGACCUUACCCAACAAAUUCAAUCAAAGUUGAAGGACCUUAACAAGGACUUGCAAGAAAAGAAGAAAUCAAACGAAGUGGAACUUAAGGCAACAUUUGAUCACUACAUGCAUGCAAAUGACCGAUGGAAAGAAAUUGAGGCCCAGAAGGAGGCUAAGGCAGAAAUGAAGGCUGGCAUUUUAAAACGUAUUCAAGAUAAGGAGAUUGAACGUGAUUCAUUUGAAGGUCAGAUUGCUGACGUUGAUGUUGCUAUGCUUGACGAGAGAGAAAGGAACCUGCAAGUUGAGGUGGAAAGGAAAGCUAAUCAACUUUCUAUGAGGGAAUUUGAUUUGACUAUAAGGCAAAAGCGGCGCGAAAUAUUUACAAUGGGUCAAGAAAUCGAGGCUCUUAGUCAGGAAAGAGAUGCCAUGAAUGCUGAUUCCCAUGACAGGGUUGUGCUCUCUCUUAAAAAAGCAGAGUUGGAAAACCAUAAAAAGAAACAUAGAAGAAUAGUGGAGGAAUGCAAGGAGCGGAUUAGGGGGGUGCUGAAGGGUAGGCUUCCGCCUGACAAGGACUUGAAGGAUGAAAUUAUCAAGGUCCAAAGUUCUCUCCAAAAAGAAUAUGAUGACUUAGACAAAAAGGCUGAUGAAGCCAGGAAUGAAGUGACUACACUGAAGUUGAAAAUACAAGAAGUCAACAAUAAUUUGUCCAAAUUCCACAAAGAUCUGGAAUCAAGCAAGAGAUUUGUUGAAUCUAAACUUCGGUCAGUGGACCAGCAGUCUGGUGGUAUCGACUCCUAUCUCAAAGUCUUAGAGAUUGCUAAAGAAAAGAGAGAUGUGCAGAAAAGUAAAUAUAACAUUGCUGAUGGCAUGAGGCAAAUGUUUGAUCCAUUUGAAAGAGUUGCACGUGCUCAUCACAUUUGCCCUUGCUGUGAGAGAACUUUUUCAGCAAAUGAGGAAGAUGAAUUCGUUAAAAAGCAAAGAGUAAAGGCUACAAGUUCUGCUGAGCAUAUGAAAGUAUUGGCUGUGGACUGUUCAAAUGCUGAUUUUAAUUUCCAGCAAUUAGACAAGCUCCGCGUGGUCUAUGAAGAAUAUGUCAAAAUAGGCAAGGAAUCAAUUCCUCUUGCAGAGAAGAACUUGACUCAGUUAAAUGAAGAGUUGGACCAAAAGAAUCAGGCUCUUGAUGAUGUGCUGGGUGUUUUGGCUCAAAUAAAAGCUGAAAAAGAUUCAGUUGAUGCAUUGAUACCGCCUGUAGAAACUGCUGAUAGGCUGUUCCAGGAGAUACAAGCUUUGCAAAGACAAGUAGGUGCUUUGGAAUGCAAACUUGAUGUUCAAGGGCAAGGUGCCAAAUCCCUUGAAGAUAUUCAGUCAGAGCUGAAAAUGUUGGAAAAAACCAAGAGUACAUUGAUUGAUGAGGCGGACAAGUUAAGAGUUGAACAAAUGAGCUUGGAUAAGGAAUUGACAACUCUUCAAUUACGAUGGAAUAGUGUAAGGGAAGAGAAAAUUAAGGUUGCCAAUGUAUUAUCUAACAUUAAAAGAGCAGAGGAGGAGUUGGAUCGUCUGUCUGAAGAGAAAAGUCAAGUUCAGCUUGAUUUGAAGCAUCUGGAAGAGGCUCUGGGUCCUUUAUCAAAGGAGAAAAAGAAACUGCUCGAUGACUACAACAAUCUGAAAGUCAAGCUUAAUCAUGAAUAUGAAUUGCAGGCUGACCAUUACAGGGAGUACCAACAGGAAGUUGAUACACUGCUUAACAUGUUUUCUACUAUCAAAGAGUAUGAUAACUUGAAUAAGGGAGAGAAACUGAAAGCACUACAAGAAAAGCAAGCUCUGUCAGAAACUGAGCUGCGAAGUUGUCAGAACAGAAUGAAUGAACUUUUGACUGAACUGGAUAAGAGUAGAGACCUUAGUAGGAAUCAGGCAGAAUUAAGGCGCAACAUAGAGGAGAACUUAGAAUACAGGAAAUUGAAGGCUCAAGUAGACCAGCUCACUCGUGAGAUUGAAUCACUCGAAGAAAGUGUGCUUAAGAUUGGUGGUGUGUCCAAAAUCGAAGCAUUGCUUCUAAAACUCUCACAAGAAAGAGAGAGUCUGCUUACAGAGUUAAACAGGUGUCGUGGCACCUUAUCUGUAUACAAGAGCAACAUCGAUAGGAAUAGAGUUGAUCUUAAGCAGGCACAAUACAAAGACAUUGACAAAAGAUAUUUUGACCAACUGAUUCAACUAAAGACUACUGAGAUGGCAAACAAGGAUCUAGACAAAUAUUACAAAGCACUUGACAAAGCGCUCAUGCGUUUCCACACACUGAAAAUGGAAGAGAUAAAUAAGAUUAUACGGGAACUAUGGCAGCAGACUUACAGGGGACAGGAUAUUGAUUAUAUUAGCAUCCAUUCAGAUUCUGAGGGUGCUGGUACUCGGUCUUAUAGCUAUAAGGUCUUAAUGCAAACUGGUGAUGCAGAACUAGAAAUGAGAGGAAGAUGUAGUGCUGGUCAAAAGGUCCUUGCAUCACUUAUCAUAAGAUUGGCGCUGGCUGAAACUUUUUGUCUCAAUUGUGGAAUACUGGCACUUGAUGAACCAACCACAAACUUGGAUGGCCCUAAUUCGGAGAGUCUUGCUGCAGCUCUCCUCAGAAUAAUGGAGGACAGAAAAGGCCAAGAGAAUUUUCAGCUUAUUGUCAUUACUCACGACGAGCGGUUUGCUCAACUUAUUGGCCAACGCCAACAUGCUGAAAAGUAUUACCGUAUAACUAAGGAUGACUAUCAGCACAGCAUCAUUGAAGCCCAGGAGAUCUUUGAUUGACCGCACUGAGCUCAUAUGGAUAAGGUUCAUAUUUCUUCAAUUUACUGUAAUUAUUCAGUUUCUCCCCGUCAUAUUAUUCUGUAGCCAGCUUCUGUUGUAGAUUAUGGCUACUGAACCAACAAACCAUUUGUUGUCUUAAACGUGCUCUACUACAGCUGCUGGGUUUCUCAAGUUGUGUAUCAACUUUAUGAUCCAUUCUCUAAUAUAAUAAGUACCCAUUUGGGAUUGCAAGUAGUGGUAAA